GUGUGUUCAGUCUUUUUCCAACCCACGUUCCAGUACAAAAAGCCCAGACGUCCGUGGCACAACUGACUUGAGCCAUGGAUGAACUCUACAGCAUUGGUCAGAAAGUGGCGCAGGGUGGCCAGCUCGAUGGCUUGGGCGAUCCAGAGCAGCUGGCCAAGCUUCUGGGAGGAGCGAACAUGGAGGAGUACUUGCAGAGCUACGAGAAGAUGCUGCAAGAAGGCGUUGCUCCUGACCUGGGUGGCCCGGUCUUGGAUCAGGUUGACCAUGAGGGUGGCAUCACCACUAGACCGGAGCCUGGAUUCGUGAUCAAGACUCGAGACAAUGCUGCUGGGACAAAGAUCUUCAUCAACAUCGUCUCGAGUCCCCACAUCGAGGCACCUCACAUGAAGAGCUACACAGAGUUGGAGGGGGAGCAAGGCUGCCGCGUGCCCUUGUCAAUUGGCACCCCUGUAGAGGAUUUUGACAAAAAAGGGGAGCCCUGCAUCAGCUAUGAUGUCGUGGCCAACCCUGAGGUGGUGGAGCAGUGCUCCACCGAGCCGGCCUUCCGAGAACAGGUGGUCCAGCUUUGCUUGGCUGCAGUGGCUCAAAAGUACAAGAUUGAGUUGGAUGCCCGCUUCAAACUGCCCAAGAUCAAGUACAAGGGAACCUCCGUUCAGCUGCAGCGCAUUCGCAAGAAGAAGGAGUCGCAGAUUCAGGAAGUGGAUGACUCCAAAGCCCCAAUGCCGGGCACCAGCGCCAGCAGGCGUGCGGCUGGAGAGUCAGCAACCUUCGCGAAGCCCACAGAUGGUCCAUCGCCUCCAGACUUCACAGUCUACUACUCCCUGCCAGAUGCCCCCCGACUGGAGGACGCCUUUACACGCAACUGGGGCUCGCCUCCGGAGGAUGUGGACGAUGCCACGAAGGAAACUUAUUUGUUUGGCUUUGACCUGCCUUGCUACCGCGUGAACACUUUCCAGGAGAAGAUCCGGGGGACCAUGAAGAACAAGGCACUUCGAGAAGAGGAAGAGGAGGUGGAUGCUGAGGUCCAAGCGAAGCAGGCCACUCGGGAAAUGCUCGCCAGCAGGAGUUGCUGUGUGCAAGUGAAGCUGCCAGACCUGGAUCCUCACAUGGCUUCGCUGAAGCAGUUCAUCUUGGAGGUCAGUGAUGAGUGCUUGAGGCUGAAUUUCCCCAUGCUGCCCCGCUCCAAGAAGUCCGCAUACGCGGGGCUCUCCAUUUGGUGGCCCCUGCCCUUCAACGCCGCGGAUGCACGUGCAGAUUGGGAUCCCAAGGCAAAGCCAGCAUGGGGGUCAGCAUACCAACGCACUGCGUGGACGUUUCUGCAGAGGCACCUGGAAGCUUUGAUCCGGAGUUGCUGGAUGCGGUCUUCUGAGAGGGACGAAGAGACACACAGCUGCAUGUACAUACCUGUUGAAGGCCCAUUGAUCUCUGCCAUGGCACAAAAAUGGUGCCGUGGCUAGAGACCAGCAGCUAGGGAAAAGGCCGGACAUCAUCGGGACGUGCCUCAAGAGGAACAUGACAUUUUUUCCAAAUGUGCUUCCUACUCACAUGAUGGGGAAGCACCUACUACUCACUGAUCGAUGCAUUUCCCAACUUGCUGAGAUCCGUGGAACAUAGCAGAAGGGCAACUUUGACUUUGACAAACCCUGACAUUCAUCUGACAUGCAUCCUACCUGACCUGCUAGUGCUGCUAGAGACCCUUGAGGUGGCCUCGGGUUCCAAGUGAGAUAUGGAUAAUGGCAACGGGCCCACCAGUUUCCAUGCCAACUUUUUGAGGACAAUGAUCUGACUGAUCUGAGUCUUUCCGAUGGCUUUAGCUCACUUGGUGCGGAGCGUGCCCUGCGGUGGCACUGAUGCAGCUUCGAUACUAUCUCAACGGGAACGGCAAGAGGGUGUACACCCUUGAGAGUGUCACACAGGCUGAGGGAGAGGAGGAGAAGCCCACCUUCUCGGCUCAUCCUGCGAGGUUCUCGCCAGAUGACAAGUACUCAGAACAUCGGAUUAAGUGUAAGAAGCGCUUUGGGGUGCUGAAGACACAGUUGAAACCAGAAGAGCUUUGAUGCCGUGCUCCAACGGCGCUUCCCGUUUCACCUCGUCGCAGCGGAAGACGUGAUAAAGCGGCGUGUGACGCCAUGCGAUCAGAAUGGAAGACUUGUGUCACCACGAACGGCUUUGGAGCCCGACAUUCUCCUCAUGGGCCUCAUGGGUUUAGAAUGUUUAGAUAUCUACGGAAAAAGCAACUCAACU